CAUUUAUCAUUUCGAAAACUUCAGUUGCAAUUAGGCUGGCACUUGUUGCUACCGUUUGGCGCCAAUCACGCCCCACUUAGGUUUCGAAUUCAGAUCCGAUCCGAUUCCAUUCCAACUCCCCAGUCUUCAAAACGACGUGGGCAUCGCGUAGACCCCACUUAACUAUAAAAGGUAUCGGGGUAUUUGUGAGCCGUUUCAGUUGUUCGAGGUUCGCAGUCGCAGCAGCACCAUAAAAGUUUACAUAUCUCCCGCACAUUCGCUACUCAGAUAAAUUAUGUAAAAUCGAAAACGACGCGAGAUAAAAUACAAAGACACACGCGUUAGUUGGAAUCAAAUAUAGUUAUUAUAUCGUGAUCAGAACAAUCUCAUUUGUAAUCUGCACAACAAUGCAGCCCAAUGCUUUUCACAAGCUUUUACUAUUACUACCGCUCGCCUAUCAACAUACAUCUAAUGGUGCCCGUGAUGAAUCACAUUGGAACUACGAGACGAACGGAAAGAAUUGGGGCGGAGUUUGUUCUUCGGGAGUAAGGCAAUCACCCAUUUCAUUGAAUGUUCAAAAAUCCCUCAUUGUGCCAUUGCCUCGGAUCGCUUUCGGAAACUAUGACAUAAAGUUGAAGGGGCCGCUCACCCUUCUCAAUAAUGGACAUACAGUUAACAUGGACAUACCCGAAACGACAAACGGCAAGAAACCCUUUAUCACCGGAGGCCUCUUGAAGGGUCGUUAUGUGGCCGAUGGUCUACACUUCCAUUGGGGAUCCCCCGAUUCCCGGGGAUCUGAACAUUUGAUCAACAAGCAGCGCUUCGACGUGGAAAUGCACAUCGUCCAUCGAAAUGCUAAAUACCAAGAUAUCGUCGAGGCAGUUAAUCACAAAGAUGGAUUGGCUGUUAUUGCUGUUUUGUUCAAAGUUGUAAAGAAUCCCAAACUCAUAUUUCCGGGCCUAAACAAAGUUUUUGGUGCAUUGCCAAGAGUCACGAAGUAUUCGUCGAGAACAACCAUUCCGGGGGGCUUAAGCUUGGGUCAGAUGCUGGGGAAUGUGAAUCCCCGCGACUUCUUCACCUAUCGAGGAUCUCUGACCACGCCUAUUUGCCAGGAGGCCGUCACCUGGAGUGUGUUUUCGCAAGUCCUGCCGGUAUCCUAUUCAUCGGUAUCCAGAUUUUUUAAAUUGCGAGACUCAGAGGGCCACAGGCUUAUCAACAACUUCCGUGGUAUCCAACAGCGAAAUGGGAGACCGGUGUUCUAUAGAGUCGGAAAAGAUCUGAGUGGUGCCUACCUGGGAAAGUGAUGCAUACAUCAAACGGUAAUUUAAAUCCCAGAAAUGGAAACUCGAGGAGUGAUACUUGGAAACUGAAAUUAAAAUGAGGUGCUGAUUGGAAUCACAAGACGAACGGGAGAAGUUGGAAAGGAAAAUGUGCCUCGGGAGAAAAACAAUCACCUAUUUUGUUGAGUGCGGAAGUUAAGUUAAAGGCCAAGCUGAAAAGAUUUGAAAACUCGAACUAAAAAGCAUAAGAAUAUUCGGCAUUAAUAACUUUGGUAUCUAAAAGUCUUUUAAUGCAAUAUUUAAGGAAAUGAAGGAGUGCACAAGGCUUAAGUACACUGAUUUAAAUUAUUAUUUAAAUCUUUCGCAGGCUCGAAUCUUGCUUAUGCCUCGGAUUGUUUUCGGAAACUAUCGCGUUUAGUUGAGGGGACCGAUAUCCAUUACUAAUAAUGGACAUACAGUUGAAAUGGACAUCCCCGAAACGUCUAACGGACGGAAACCCUACAUAGUUGGUGGCACUCUAAAGGGUCGCUAUGUGGCCGACGGACUACAGUUUCAUUGAGGAUCCCCCGACUCCCGCGGAUCAGAGCAUUUAAUUAAUAAGCAACAAUUCGACGUGGAACUGCACAUUGUUCAUCGGAAUAUUAAAUACAUAGAUAUAAACAAGGCAGCCGCUAAAAAAGAUGGACUCGCUGUUGUUGCGGUCUUGUUUAAAAUUGUUAAGGUACACCUAAUCGUUUUAAAUAUGAAGCUUAUUAUAAAAAUAUAACUUAAUAGUAAAUGAUAAA